AAUACUGCUUGGCACAUUCCUGUAUUUUAGUGCACCGGUGCAUAAAACUCCUAGCCUGUCAAUUUGAAAUCCUUUCUAGCUGCUCGUGAGACACUCCCUGUUCAGCCAGUAUAGAUUGCAAUGAGCCCCUGAAUCCUCUGGAGCAUCUUGGUGGUGUUAUCAGUUUUAUCUAGCCGGCUGGUGGUGGCACCUUUACCCUUUUCACUGCCUCGAAUUGUUUUGUCGGAACGGGCUGCAAGGAAACGAGAAGGACUCCUAUGUGGAUCCCGUUACCUCUAUAGUGGCGGCAGCUUUGCCUGGCAGGCUGGGAGUGGCGGCAGGAUGCCAGAACUGGAGGACUUGCCUCCUCUGCGGGGCCCCAACGGUCAAGCCGACCCGGCCCGAAUCCAGCACAGCAUCCUCGAGGAGCAGGUGGAGCUCUGGUGGUUUCGAGAGCCAGGGAAGUCUCUGCUCUGCUACUGCGUGGCGGUGCUGCUCAUCCUCAGCUGCGGGCUGGGAGGUGUCGGCCUCCUCUCCACCACCACCAGCGUGUCGAGCGAAUGGCGACUGGGGGCAGGAACGGCCCUCUGCCUGCUAGCUCUGGGGGUUCUUCUGAAACAACUGCUCAGCUCCGCGGUGCAGGACAUGAACUGCGUACGGAGUCGGCGGAGGAUUGAUAUGCUCAAAAGCGGUGGCUUAUCUGACCUCCUUGUGGUCUUAAUCACUGGACUGUCGCUGCUGAUCUGCGGAGCGGUUCUGCUCCGUUUCGCCUUGGCUAACCACAUGCCCAAGCCUGGCCAAGCCCUCAAUGACAUGUACAUCUCUGGGGUGGUUUUGCUGGCCAGCGGGGGCACUGCGGUGCUGGGGGUGGGGGUGUACUCUGCGGUGGUGGUCGUACUUGAGAGGACAAGGCAAGGGAGGAGAUUUAUGGACCGGGUUGUGAAUAUAUUCACCAUUUCUGGACACAUGGACCACCAGGCUCGCAGAGAGACUACUUCCAGUUUAGCAAACCUCAUAUGAGACAAGGAGCCCUACCAGACACAUUAUUCUGUUCUUCUGCUCCUGGUCCUACCUGUAGAAACCUUUUGGCAUUCCUAAGUUAGAAAAGGCUGACCCCCAGGUUUACUAAAUCUGUGAUUUACUCUCUUCUGGCGGAAAUAAAAGAUGAAGUGGGACCACAGAACCAGAAUGAGCCACGCGAGAGCUGCACUGCCCAAACUUGUGGCAGCUGUUCGUCUUUUGCCUUUUCGGCCUUUUUGGUGCACACUUGGCAUUCAAAAGCAACGGCAAAUUUCCAGACAGAGUCAAGGCGCAACAUCUCAGUUUAAUUAGCGCCUCCGGUAUUCUAAUUGGCUAAUUGCAGCUGGAUUGCCAUGGAGCUCAUUUAGACGUCAUCUGAUAGUAAAUCACCUGCAAAGCCGGCAAUAUUUGCACUGUUUUUUUAAAGGGUGCAAUACCUGUGUGCAUGUGUCUCGGUGAAUCUGGAGGGGUUGACGCUCGAGCACUGGGAGGGACCAUAAAAUAUUUGAGACCAGACAAACCGUGUGCAUGCUUCUAUCCAAGCGCUUUUCAUAAUUUGCUUCACCCGCUGAUUGAGAGUGGGAGUGUGGAGGAAACAUAUUGGGGGGGACAGUGUGAACAGAAUUAGUAAUAACCUUUUGGGAUUUUAGCUGGAAGAUUAUCAUAACUCAUAGAGCACAAGUACGCAGACAUUCCCUUAGAACAAUGCUGUAUAGGUAGGAGAGUACAGAUGUGGUGGACAUUUAGACAGACGGGAGCAAGAAAUGCACAGAUUCUACAAGUUUAAACAUGACUGGGCACAAAAUUGUGGACCAAUUGGAUAUUUCUUUUAGCAGACAAUAGGAGGCUGAGAGAGAACGGCGACCUACCAGUUAAGUAAGAAUCCCCAGCAGGAUGCAGUGAGUCAGUUCGUUUAUGUAAGACUCCUCUCCCCCACUUAUGCAUCGACUCAAAACGAUGUAUCGUUUUAAAUUGGGCACAAAUGGAGUGCUUCGACCAUCUUCCUCUCAUGAAGAGGAGGACAUGGUCCCUUUAACUGCCUAUGACCCCGUGUCCUGUCAUAGGGUUCAUUGAGCAAGACAUUAUGACCCCACCCAGUUAACUCACUCUUGACCAGUAUCAGCUAAAUUCUAUGCCUCAUAUGUGAAUGAGAGCCAGAGAAUGGGGUUGCUGCUAGGACAAUAGACACAAUGAAAUGUUAACUUUUCAUUUCAGCAGCUUCCUGCGUGGCCUCUGUGCCACCUCUACGCUGACCGUUCCCUCGUGAAGACGUGAAAAUAUUCAGCCACUUCCAACCAGAACUUGGGCUUUACCAAAGUUGAAAUGCAAAUUACAGCUUGCUGAUUGCUGAUGGGCUGCUAUUCCUGAAACUGAAACGUAGAUUUUUUUUGCUGUUGUUUUUUAUUGUUUUUGUUUUUUUUUUCAAACCUGCAGAAGUUGGACUGCAGAAUCAGGGAGUGACAUGACCAGACUGGUAAUAUAUCUUGUUGUGAAAUGAGGUCCUAAAGCGAGACUGCAGUGCAUUUCUAUACCCCGUUAACUCCUUAUUUGUAACUCCACUCUUUAGGUUUCACCAGGAUUCUGUUUUUGCAUUUGAAGAUUGUUGUAUGUUUUCUUGGUUAACAAUGUAAUUCAUGCACUUUGGUACAAUUGUGGAGUUUAUGAAAGACCCCCUUUUCCUAACCUGGUAUGAGACUUCAGAAUGACUGAAGGAUGCAUAUGACGCAAGACGGCAUCCCUGCUGCAGAAUGGAUUUCAAGCCACUUUUGAAUGUCAGGAUACGUUGUGUAUGCUACAUUGUGUAUACUGUGCACAUCAACGCAGUAUUGUCGCAAGGAAAUGUGAUUUAAUUUACUUCAAAUUUGCAUUUAGAUUUUAAAAAAAAGAAAAAGAAGAGUGACCUAAACUGUCAGCCUUGGCCUUCAUCCUUGUACCUUGGCUUUAAAAAAGGAACAAGAUAUUCCAAUCAAUGUUUUGGGGGAAUCCAAGUCCAGGACCUCUUUAAUAGAAAGAGGAACCCCCAACCUUGGAAAAAUUAUAUUUCAAAGAGUGUGCAGGUUGAAUCAUCAAUUUUAGCAGUGGGGAAAACCUGAGCAAACUUGCAUUAAUCUUGAAUUUAAGGGUAUCAGGCCUCCGCCGGCUCCAUCCUUGGCACGUCCACGUCUCCAAAAGGUGCGAGGUGUGCGAGUUUACGACUUAGAGGCCCCUGCGAUUUGGCGGAGCAAACCACAUUCCACGCUAGAAAAUGUCUUUAAUCCAACGCGGUUAUCUUAAGAUGUUUGGCACGACAGUAAAACUGAACUGUUUUACAUUCCCGAGGUACUCGUGGAGUUAGCUGGGGCGUCCGCAGCUGUUGCACAUCUUCCAGAUGUGAAAGAUCAUCUCAGUACCAAGUAGAAGAAGGAGUCUGAUGCUAUCUCUGUGAAUGAGGCCACUGGUUUACCGAGUCUGGCCUUUGAUUUAAGCGUUAGACCGUCCAUGAAGUUGUAAAACAUGAAGUGCUUCUGAACCGCCAGGUGUAUUUUUGGCUCGGCGACGCGUCUAACACAUCCUCAUGUGCUCCAGAGCGGCAGCAGCAGGCAGAAGGAUUGUUGUAGAAAUCAAACCCAGUGCAUAAAAAAAAAGAUGUGUAAUUUCAGUUUACUUGUGUACCUUUGCAUUACUAAACGAAUGAUGCAUCA